GGGAGUGGAGAGAUUGAGAAGUGAAAAGGCAGGAAGGAAGGCCGUGGUACAUCGGCGUCUCCUAUACUAGAUCUGCAGUGGCUACAGCUGGGUAGAUGUGUGCUGUGCCUUCAAGAUGAGUGUGAAGGCAUUUGAGCUGGUCCCUGCCGUGGAGCGGGAGCUCCUGAUGGGAGACAAGGCCCGCAUCAACAUUGAGUGCAUCGAGUGCUGCGGCAAGCACCUGUACGUGGGCACCAACGACUGCUUCAUACAUCACUUCCUGCUGGAGGAGCAUGCCACGACCAAGGGGAUGCUAUCCUACACCGUCCAGAAGCUGCUGUUCAAGUACCUGGGCCUGAAAAAGCCUGUGGAGGCCCUGAAGGCCGCAUCAGCGUUAGAACGCAUCAUUGUGCUCUGUGAUGCUACAGUUAGUGUUGUUGACAUGAUCACCUUAGAACCCGUGCCUUCGGGCGGGGCCAAGAUUAAAGGCGUGGCCGCGUUCUGCGUCAACGAGAACCCGGUGAACGGGGACCCGUUCUGCGUGGAGAUCGGGGUGAUCUCGGCCCGGCGGCGCACCGUUCAGAUAUACAUGGUGUACGAGGACAGGGUGCAGCUGGUGAAAGAGGUCAACACGCCGGAGCAGCCAUGUGCGGUCAGUCUGGACGGUUAUUUCCUGUGCCUGGCCCUCUCCACGCAGUACAUGAUCCUUAACUACAGCACAGGGGCCGCGCAGGACCUGUUCCCCUACGACAGCGAGGAGAGGAAGCCCAUCGUCAAGAGGAUCGGCAGGGAGGAGUUCCUCUUGGCUGCCCCUGGUGGCCUGGGUAUGUUUGCCAAUGCAGAGGGUAUAUCCCAGCGUGCCCCAGUGAACUGGUCAGAGAGUGUGAUUGGAGCGGCGGUCUGUUUUCCCUAUGUGGUGGCGCUAGACGAGGGCUUCGUCACCGUCCACAGUAUGCUGGACCAGCAGCUCAAGCAGACCCUCUCCUUCAGAGACGGACACAUCCUACAGGACUUUGAAGGUAAGGUGGUUCUAGCCUCCACUAAGGCUGUGUAUGUGCUGGUGCCCCUACCUCUGGAGAGACAGAUUCAGGAGCUGCUAGCUGGACACAGAGUGGAGGAGGCUCUCGCCCUUACAGAGGGAGCCAGGAGGAACAUUCCCAAAGACAAGUUCCAGAUAUUGCACAAAAGAAUCCUCCAGCAAGCAGGAUUCAUACAGUUUGGACAGCUUCAGUUUUUAGAAGCGAAAGAACACUUCAGGACAGGUCAGUUGGACGUCCGGGAGUUGAUCUCCCUCUACCCUCUCCUCCUCCCGGCCUCCUCCUCCUUCACCCGCUGCCACCCGCCGCUCCACGAGUUCGCCGACCUCAACCACCUGGCGCAGGGGGACCAGGAGAAGGUCCAGAGGUGCAAGAGGUUCCUCAUCACGUACCUGGGUGAGGUGCGAAGCACGGAGGGGGCGAACGGCUGCCGGGAGGACGUGGACACGGCUCUGUUGAAGUUGUACGCUGAGCAGGACCACGAGAGUCUUCUUGACCUGCUGGCCUCCCCCAAUGCCUGUUUACUGGCAGACAGCGCCCCCUGGCUAGAGAAACACCACAAGUAUUUUGCACUAGGCCUCCUCUACCAUUAUAACGGUCAGGAUUCAGCUGCUCUACAGUUGUGGGUGCGGGUAGUGAAUGGGGACCUUCAGGACUCUACCAGGUCUGAUCUGUAUGACUACAUUGUGGACUUCCUGAGUUUCUGUUCCAACCCGGACUUGGUGUGGAAAUAUGCAGACUGGGCCCUGCAGAGAGACCAGACGGUAGGGGUGCAGAUCUUCACCAGGAGGCCGGUGGGUCAGGACCAGGUUAAGGAGCAGAAGGACCAGGUGAACCCAGACGACGUCAUCACGUACCUGGGGAAACACAGCCAGGCUCUGCUGCUCUACCUGGAACACCUGGUGCUGGGCCGACGGAUACAGAAAGAGAAGCUCCACACCCACCUGGCAGUGCAGUAUACAGACAGAGUCCUGUCUCUCCUGUCUCAGUCCCCCACAGUGGACCAACAGGUGUCUAUAGCACGGGACAAACUCCAGCUCCUCCUCAGGGAGUCCAGUCUGUACCGCGUCCAACUACUACUGGGUAAGAUCCAGGAGUGUGACCAGUUGUUUCUGGAGAGAGCCACGCUCCACGGGAAACUAGAGGAGCACGAUAAGGCGUUACACAUCCUGGUGCACCAGCUCAAAGACUUCCCCGCUGCUGAGGCCUACUGCGUGUGGGGUUCCGCCUCCCGGGACCCGGCCUACCAGCAGCGCCUCUUCCACCUCCUUCUGGAGGUCUAUCUGGACCGGGACCUUCCCAGUAGUACCGGCUCCGGGGAGCUGGAGAUGGCAGCGGUGGAUCUGUUAAACCGGCACGGGGAGGUGUUUGACGCUGUGCGUGUGCUGGACCUGCUUCCUGAAGGGUGGUCCCUGCAGCUGCUUCGCCCGUUCCUCGGACGCGCCCUGCGGGGGAGUAUGCACGCCUUCCGUACCUCCCAGGUUGCACUGGGGCUGGCGAGGUCAGAGAACCUACAGCUGCAGCACGACAGGUUGAAGCAGAAGAGAAGCCCAGUCCUGGUAUCAGAGAAGAAGGGGUGUGUUCUGUGCCACAACACCUUCAGCGAGCCGGACUGUGUGUGUCUUCCAGGCGGCGUGCCCGUACACACACACUGUGCCGCCCAGAGGGUGGUACGAGACUCGCCCACCAGGAGACAACUAGCCAAUAGCAACAACCACACAUGAAGCCCCUGCCCACCACCACCACCCAAGCCUCGCCCAGAGCCAGUGUGAUGGGAGGAGCCUAGCAGCAGCCCGGGCUGUGAUUGGUUGCGUCUGGGGGGGGUCACAUCAGAUGAUGACUAUGGGGGAUAAAAGCACGGAGGUUACCAUGGCUACCGUGGUCCAGCGUAGUGGGAGCAGCCCUGGAGCAUACUCAGAAACACAGAGCUGACCACACUUCUCUACUGUGUGUGUGUGUGUGUGUGUGUGUGUGUGUGUGUGCUCUCGUUCAUUUGUGAAUGAAGGAAGGAAGGUAUUUAUUUCAGUGCCUCCAGUCAUAAACAACAGGGAGACUGAUGACCGACUGAGAUGUGAAUGAAGUUCUACAACAAGAACUAACUCCACAUCCAUCAUGACUCUAAACACAUUGAAGUGAAACCUACAGUCUGUCCUGGUCCAGUGCUGAACCCCUCUGCUAUGUCUGUCCUGGUCCAGUGCUGAACCCCUCCUCUGCUAUGUCUGUCCUGGUCCAGUGCUGAACCCCUCCUCUGCUAUGUCUGUCCUGGUCCAGUGCUGAACCCCUCCUCUGCUAUGUCUGUCCUGGUC